AUGGAUACUGUAUCCUUGUUUCCAACGGCUCCAAAUGAUUCUGACUCUGGAUAUUCUCACAGUUUCAUUCCCGCUCCAUCCAAUGUCGAAUUGAAUUCAGGACAGGGGCCUGUUACCGUUCCCGGUGCAUACACCGACCUUCCUGCGAUCAGUAAGGCCCAUUGGGAAAGAAUUGCAACCGCAUUCCGCUUGCCAGGACAUUAUGAUAGAGUUGUGGGUAGAAAUGCGACCUCUAUCAUCUCUAUACCUCGCACAUUUCCUUUCAACAACAAUUUCAAAGGAAGACUCUGGAUGCAUGUGGCAAUGACUCACCCACAGUAUGGUCUUCCUAAGCAUCCUGCCUUCGCUCUCGCCGCGACACACUUCCUAACCCAUAAUGUCGCCUUCGCUAUCAUGGUGGGUUGUUCCGAAAAUCAGAUUGAUAGCGUGAAGUAUCUAAUGCAGGGUUGGGGAGAUGCUGUUGAACAUCCACUUCUGAUGCUCGGCAUAUGUGCAGAGUUACAUUCAGAACGUCUAGAGCAUUUAACCGUAAAACAGGGCAAUGUCUACCAAAACCUGCUGAUGGAUGUGCAGAACAGCGCCACACGUAAUAGCAGAGAUAAAAUUAACUGGGAGUUGAUUGAGGACGUUCGUCGUGCCAGAGAACGGGGCAAAAGGAUUGAAGCUGAGGUAAACACAACUAGGCUUCAAAUAUCCAAUGCCGUCUCGUCAUCAAUCAGUAAGCUACUAGCGCAAUACAAGGCACAAUACGACACUAGUAGCGAUGGAAGCAACAGCACACCAAACCAGAUGACUGCUGACUCGAAUACCAAGUCUAUGCCAUGCUCAACUACGUCUUCCCGCAGCGAAGAUGCUAGUGGUACUAAUAAUGAGAUACGGCAAGCAUUGGAGUUGAAAAUCGACACGACGCGUAUCUUCGAGGAGCGGCUCAACGAUAUCCUUAGUCGGCUGGAUAGAUUGAGCGCUGAGUGCCGUAUCAGCGUUGAAGACAUAUCCUUUACAACAGAUAUUAUCAGAAGCGAGCUUGCACGGCAAGAAGCCUUAUCCAGUGCUGGAAAUUCCAGGCUUGGUGUUGUCAUUUCCUUGAUUGCAUUGAUCUAUCUGCCAUUGACGGCUGUUGCGAACAAUGACUGGAGAGACUGGAGAUACCGUCCCGUUGGCAAGGGCAACAUGCCAACAACAGACAGUGAUCUCGAAACUCGGCUGCCAGUUGUGUCUGGCUAUAUCGCCAUAUACUUUCCCGUCGCUAUCGGCCUGACGAUUGUAACACUGACCUCAUUUGUGCAUUUUUACUGCCAGUAUGGUAAUGAUCCGCUACCGGACACAAAACUAGGAAAUCACAGUUCCAACAACACACAAGCUACUGAGCAAAACUUCAAGACAAUCCCCGGAAACCUUAGCAGAGCCAUAGAGAAACUUCGACGAUCAUACCACCCUCUCACCUUAGCUUCGUCGUCAACAUAUUUGUCGCCACAUAGAGAAACGGCUGUUCAACAAGGCCAACCGGUCCCACCAACGGACGAACCUCCACAGGAUAGCCAGGAACCUCCACUGAAUCGCUAUACGCUCUCCAGGCCCUCACGUCAGCCGAUAUUAUCAUCUAGCACCCUGGAAUCCGUGAUAGAAUCUGUGAGCUUGAGAAAAUCUAUUCAGCGGCCCCGAAGUCUGCCCUCUGUUCCAGUAGCCCACUUUACACAACAAGGCAACAAUAACGAUUCCUUGCCGCAUUCAACCACAGCGCUGGAGUUAGACACGACUGGCAUAGCGAUGACAAACGAAGUUUCUGCCCAGGAGACGGAGAGGAAAAUUCUCUCAGAUACUCCGGACCAUAAAAUGGUCUAAAGGCAUGUGAAAUCACCAUACUGAAUUCGGGGUCUCACAUGGUCUUAUGCUGAGGGUUGGCAAUCUUGCAAAUGAUGACAUUCUCUUCUUUGAGUUGCAAUCCAGCCCACUAACGUUCUAUCUCAGCAUACACAGACAUUUGAUCCAAGUCUAAGAGAUACACCUCCUCCGGGGUCCUCAAUAUUAGCUUAGCACUUUCUAUUUUCUAUCAGAUUUUUUUCUUUGCUUAAACAACAAUUAUAUGAUACAUCAGUGAGAGUGGACCACUGCAAGUUAGUAAAUGGAGAACUAGCAAACUAUCUUCGAGAU